CCACACGCACAGUCGCGUUUUUCAAAGCAACACGCCCAGAAAAAUUUACGCUGAAGAGAAGAGCAGUUUUAACUGUCAAGACCAUGGCACCAACUGUCAAGCUAAACAACGGUUAUGAGUUUCCAGUCAUUGGAUUCGGCACUUACACAGCCAACCCCGGAGAGAUGGAGCAAGUAGUCAAAGAUGCCAUAGACGCGGGGUACAGACAUUUCGACACUGCACUGUUCUACAUGAAUGAGAGCGAGGUGGGAGCGGCUAUCAGAGCCAAGAUUGCUGAAGGCGUCAUCAAGAGGGAGGAUGUGUUUGUCACUACGAAGCUAUGGAACACACACCACCGCCCAGGCGUUGUAGUUGACACAUGCAAGAAGUCUCUGAGCAAUUUGGGACUGGACUACGUAGACCUUUAUCUUAUCCACUGGCCUUUCGGUUUCCAGGAAGGUGAAGAUGGUCGUCCAAAGGACGAGAAUAAUAAAUUAAUUUUCAGCGAUGUAGACUACGUGGACACAUGGAAGGCGAUGGAGGAGUGUGUUAAACAGGGCCUCACGAAGAGUAUUGGCUUCUUUAACUUCAAUAGUCAACAGAUACAGCGGGUACUGGAUAUUGCUACAAUCAAACCCGUCGUCAACCAGGUUGAAUGUCAUCCUUAUCUGAACCAGACAAAGUUGAUUGAAUUCUGUAGAGAGAAAGGAAUCCAGAUUACGGCAUACAGCCCUUUCGCGGGCCCAACAAGUAUCGCGCCCCUUCACAAAGGAGAAUCUCCCGAACCACUCAAGGACCCCAAAAUUAAGGAACUGGCGGACAAGUACAACAAGACUGUGGCGCAGGUUAUUCUCAAAUACCUGGUCCAACUUGGUGUGGUGCCUAUCCCCAAAUCAUCGAAUAAAAAGCGUCUACUGGAAAACAUCGAUAUCUUCGACUUCGAACUCCGCCCUGAAGAUGUCUCUGUUAUGAACUCCCUCAACAGAAACAACAGAAUAUGCGACUUUAUUCAAGUAAAGGAACACAAACAUUAUCCAUUCAACAUCGAGUACUGAUGAACCUUCCAAGGAAUGUAACAUUAUGCUGCUGAACUACCUACUGAAUAAUAAAUUAACCUCACUCAAAAAAACAUAUUUCAU